AUGCCUUCCAAAAGCGAAGACGAUUCCAAAGAGGCAUCAGGUAGUGGUAAUACUGAAACUGAACUGAAUAGUAAAACAAAAUCAAUUAGAUCAAAUACUCAUCAGCAUUUUACUUUACUUGAAAAAGAAAAUAAGUACAAAUGCAAUCGCUGCAGCGCGAAAAUUGCAGUGGAUGUCAAAACUGGAUCGACGGGAAAUUUACAUAAACACUUCAAUAAUUAUCAUUCCGUUCUACCUGGUCAAGCUAAAAUUGAAUUCAGCUCCUUAAAGUCUUUAAAAAAGCCAUUCAGUCAGGAGGAGUUCGAAAGACGUGUCACUUCAUUCAUUGUGCUAAAAAAUCAACCAUUUACCACUGCUGAAGAAGAGUCUUUUGGUGACAUUUUUAAAAUAUUUUCCGAAACUCCUAAAAUGAUGAGCGAUAGUACGGUAAAGCGGCGGAUAUUUUCGAUGUAUGAUCAAGUAAAGCAGAUUCUUAAAUCGACUCUCGAGGGGGUAAAAGGAAAAAUAUCAUUUAUCCUGGACGGCUGGACAUCGCCGAAUCAAAUUGCAUUUCAAGGAGUCAUCGCCCACUGGGUUGAUGACAACUGGGAAUUUCAGGAACGUGUCAUAGAUCUGGAUAUUCUGAAUGGAAAGCAUACGGGAAAGAAUCUUGCACAAUCAUUUUUGAAAUGCAUUAAUGAAUUUAAGUUGGCAGAAAAAAUUAUGGCCAUUACAACGGAUAACGCAUCUAAUUGUGACACAUUUUUUAAAGAACUGACUACAUUAUUGUGCGCUCAGGGCGUUGAAUUUUUCCCCAAGGAUCAGAGGGUGCGAUGCCUUGCCCACAUUGUGAAUUUGGCGUGUCAGGAUGCUUUGUCUUCCUUAAAUUUAAUUGGCGAUUCAACUGAGGGCGUUGAAUUCGACGACAUGGAGUAUGUAGAGCUUGAUGAUGGAGAAUCGAGUGGGACUAAUCGAGAUUUAUGUGACAAAUUGCGCCAAGGAAUAACAAAAAUUCGAGCUUCCACACAACGACGAGAGUUGUUUAAGAAGCAAUGCGAAUUUAGCAGAAUUCCGUCCAAUGAACUUAUGAGGGAUGUCUCCACACGUUGGAAUUCAACUUAUUAUAUGUUGAAACGCGCUUUGGAUAUGAAAUUACCCCUGGAGAACACACUUAGAAGCGAAAACAAGCUUAAACAGUUUAUACUAACUGAUGCCGAGUGGGGACAUGUUGAAGAGCCCUUUCAGAAAAUGACGGUUUCUAUCUCUCGUGAAAAUUUGCCAAGUAUGUCACUGUCAGCGAUGGUGUACAUGGAAUUGUAUAAUCACUUGGAAAGUUUUUCGAUCGAGAAAGGACAUUCUGAAAUUAUUGUGAAAGCAGCCGAAAAAGCUUGCACAAAACUUAACAAGUAUUAUCCUAGUACGGACGGACUGGUGCAUGUCGUUGGCUUAAUCCUCGACCCGAGAAGUAAACUAACUUGGUGCUCCUGCAAUUCUACGUAUUUUACACCUAAACUUAUCAAAGAAUACAAAGAUGCCAUUAAAAAAUGUUGGGAUGACCGAUACAAGCCGACUAAUUUUACGGCCGUACAAGACAAGGAAGAAAAUGAAUCUGAACAAGCCGAUACAGAUGAUCUCUUUAGCUCACAAAUGAAACGGGCAAGGUUUGACGAACGAGAUGAGCUACAAAUGUAUUUGUCAGGAAGCGUUAUAAGUCCCUCGUCACCUUCAAUGAAAAGCGGUCCCCUUGGAUGGUGGAAAGCACAAGAAGCCGUCUAUCCAAAUCUCAGCAGAAUGGCAAAGGACUUCUUGAGUGCCUCAGGGACAGGUGUACCGGUGGAACGAUUCUUUUCAUCUGGAACAGAUUUGGUUACUCCAAAACGGCAAAGACUGAAUGUGGAAACAAUUCGGAAGACCUUGUGCUUGAAGGGAUGGUUGCGUUGCCAAAACAAGCAGGUUUUUAAGGAAUAUGCAUCAGAAGCUAUUAAAGGAAAAAUGGGUGGUGGGGUCGACUAA